AUGAACCACCACCCGGCCGCCUGGGGUCAGCCCUUGACUGCUCACCAGCAGUUUGACAUGUACUCGACCAACCCCAUGGGCAUGUCGGCUCCUCGCAGCGCUCACAGCCACGGCCCUGUUCAGAACACUCAGUGGCCUCUUGUGACUGGUACCUCGGUUAUCGGCAUCAAGUAUGAGGGCGGUGUCAUGCUCGCCGCGGACAACCUCGCUUCGUACGGUUCGCUUGCCCGUUUCCGCGACAUUGAGCGUCUCCAUGCUCUUGGUACUCACACCAUUCUCGGUGUGGCCGGCGACAUGAGUGACUUCCAGUACCUGAAGAAGGAGCUUGACGGCCUCUUGCGCGAAGAGGAGACCCUCACGCUCACCGAUGCCCACCCCCCACUCUCCCCCAACAACUUGUACACUUUCCUCGCCAACUUGUUCUACGCCAGGCGGAACAAGAUUAACCCCUUGUGGAACGCCUGCCUCGUCGGCGGCUGGGACUUUAAGAAGGACGAGUCCUUCCUCGGCUACGUCGAUCUCCUCGGCACGACCUACACUGCUCCCACACUCGCUACCGGUUUCGGCGCCCACAUUGCCCAGCCUCUCCUCCGUGAAGCCUACGAGGCCAAGGCUGGCGUCGACCUCGAGGGUCGCCCCGGUGCCGACGGCCGUCUCCUUACUGCCGAGGAGGCCGAGGCUGUCAUUGACGACUGCAUGAAGGUGCUCUACUACCGCGACGCCAGGAGUAUCAACAAGUACCAGGUCGCCCGUGUCACCAAGGACGGCGUCUCCAUCUCCGAGUCCAAGAGCAGCGAGACGGAAUGGAUGUAUGCCGAGGGCCUCAGGGGUUAUGGAGGACAGACUCAGUAG